AUGCCACUAGCAAAUGAAAAAUACAAUGACGAUAGUUCAAAGGGGUCUCAAGCUAUGAAUGAGUUAAGUAUAGAUGAAAUGAGAGAAGUAAUAGAUCAUGAGUUAACACAACAGGAAUCAAAAAAUAGCUCCACUGUUAAACUUAUAGGACUGAACCUUAAAACAAUACCACCGGAAGAUAUUAAACUACUUGCAAAUGCAGAAAGACUCUCACUAAGGAAAAACAACAUAACAUACUUACCAGAAAACUUUAGUGAGUUAAAAAACCUGCGCUACCUCGAUCUGCAUAGUAAUGGGCUUCGAGAGAUCCCGGUUGAACUUCUGAAUUGCCAGAAGUUGGAAAUUUUGGAUAUAUCAUCCAAUAAAAUCUCUCAGCUUCCAGAGGAAUUUCCAAGCGUAUUCUCUACUAGAUUAAAGGUUAUAUCUCUGAAGAACAACAGACUUACCUCAAUUUGGAAACUAUCUCCUAUUCUUCAACUAAAUCAUAUAAAAGUUCUAGAAAUUGAAGGAAACCCUAUACCGAAAGAAGAACUUGAUCAAGUACUAUCUUAUGUUCCAAAUCAACAAAACUUACCUAAAGAUGAGUAUUGGGCAAUUGCCAUUCCUCGCUUUCUUAACAAUCACCCAAAAAUGAAAGUACAGUCGCUAGAGUCAAAAUUGAGUAGAGCGGCAAAGCGGAUGGGGUUUGUUAAUACCAUACCAGUAACUGAUGAACAAUUGAAUGAUUCUAGCAUCUCAUCUGCCACUAUAUCAGAACAUAUCAAUAAUGUUACUAUUGCCAAAGAGAAUUUCACAGAUACGAAUAUGAAUACACCUAAUGUUCUGUCUUCAAAUGACCUCUACAACCAUACUAAAUACAACGAUUAUUUCAAAAGACUAUCAAUUCUUCCAGAAGAGGUUAACCAGGAACAGCAUAAAGUAUCACACACUGAUUUGGUUGUUGCUUGUCGCAAAUUAUUGUUUAGUUUUACAGAGUGUCAACAGGCAAUACGAAAGAUCACUUCACUUUGUAAAGAAAAGUCCAUUGCUGUGAAUGUGGUAUCUCUUCUAUAUUCGGUUAGAUCACACAUUGAUAAUCUUGUGGAAAUUUUAGAACAGUCUGACAAUCAAGAAAUCUCGAACGACCAACCUUUGAUCACACUUUGUAUGACUAUCAUCUCAAUAUUUAAACAAAUUAUUGCGCUGUUACAGAAAAAUUUUAAAGCUUUUUUUGAGGAAGAUGAUUUAUGUUUCAUAAGAAUGUUUUUCAUGUCACUAGUGUGUUCAUAUACUGAAAUGUACAAUGCAUGGAGCUUUAUUACACCACAGGAGACACUUUUACUACAUAAGAAAAGUGCCAGUAACAAUAGCAAUAAAAUUCAACCUGAGAGUGAUGGUCAUCCGGCUAUAAUAAGAAGUAAAAGCGAAGCGAACAGUAGGACAGACCAUGUCGGAUUAAGCAGAAAACCAACGCUAACUAAUGUUUCAAAACCAGAUAUUGCUGGAGUACGAUUGUCAAAUGAAGAAAAAACUAGAUAUCAUGAUGCCGUAUCUGAUCAAGAAAGCUCAGUAGAACACAAUGAAUCAGGCAUUCCAAAAGUAGCCAGGUCAAGAAGUAAUACCAUACAAGGUAGAGGAACAGGUAGUCUUUUGAAUGUUAAUGGAUCUAAGUCUAAUAUAAUAACAUCUCCUAAUGGUGUUAGUCAGUUACGAACUCAAGGACAACUACCUACUCAUGCAGUUGCUACUACAAACAGUACUCAAGAGCAAGGUUCUUCGGACAAACAUAAAAUGAAUAUUUCUAAUUUAGCUAAGACAGCAGAUAAUAGAGGUGGUAAUUUCAAGAAUCCACCUGAUGAGAAACAGAUUAACAAUGAACUUCAAAAUGGAAAUGUGUCUCUUACAGCACCAAAACUAAAGCAAGUACAGCAACCCCCAUUAACUGAGAAGGGUGGAAUCUCAACACCGACUGGAACGGAUGUAGAUAUUGAUCAGCAACUUCACGAAACAUUGGGAACAGUAGUUAAGAUGGUGACAAUGGUGUAUAAUCAACUUACAUCUGAAAUAUCUAAAGUUGCUUUGGCUAGUUCAACAGGACAUCAGGUAUUGACCGAUACACUAGCUACCAAAAUAAAAGAUUUAACAGAUACCUGUAGGCAAUUAUUGCAAUUAUCACAGGUACUAGGUGAAAGGUUACGGCUUCUGACUGGUGAUGGAAUAACUGCUGAAAAGUAUUCAACGACCUCUGAAAAGCUAAAAACAUGGGAAAGUAUCAAUGCCUUCCUCAAAGCAAUUAUUUCAAUUCUUGCCAAUGCAAAGACUUUAAUGGCUGAUUUGCCAAGUCUAAAUGAAGUAAGGCCACAACUUGCUUCGUUAGCCAAGAUAACCAAAGAUGUUACGGUGAUUUUAGAUUUGAGUUCAUAUAAAGCAGUUUCUGUUGCAGCAGCAAAUCAAGAAGCUCUACAGCAUAACAAUAACAACUCUGAAACAAAAUCUGGAGAUUCCAAAUCGCCAGUAAACGAAUCGGCUAUAAGUGGUGAUCACAGUCAUACAGACAUCGCCAAUGUUCCACUGUUUACACCACAGGCUGCUAGUGCUUAUAUGAGGGAUCCAUUCGACCAACAGUAA